AUGACGAGACGAGGUGACCCAUUCAACGCCGUCUAUGAGAUCAGAGAAGAACUAUUCCUCGGAACAUGCGACAGUAGAGGAGUCGCCAGCGUCGGCGUUCUCGUUAACACUGGUUUGCCCAUGAACAUCGAUUCAUUCGAACAAGAAACAACCCGAAUCGGAGGUUUACGAUUUAAAAGACGUGGAACAAUUCCGGCUUUAACAGCCUUCGUCGCUUACGCGCCGACAUUAAACUAUGACGAAGAAGAAGUCGAACCGUUCUAA